CUACUGCCAGUGAGGCGAGCACAGCGGAGCAGCAGACAAUCAGUGCCUGCCCGAGUCUUCCACUUCCUGUCUAAGGAACCAUGGAACCAGGAGGCGAGUGGAGACAGCCAAUCACAGACAGGCUCACUCUUCCAUUCCAUGCCCCAGUUCCAUGCCACUCUGCCCUGCCAGACCAGAGCAGGCAUUUCUGGAAAGCUUAGUUCUUAACUAUGUUAGCUACUUUGUUGGUUGCAAUGCAAUUUCCCAUUGGCAACUACCGAAGUUGCUAACUGCUAACAACUACGCUUUCCAGAAAUGCACCCCAGAGCAGGCCAGCGGCAUUGCACACCCAGCACAGCAGCCAGAGCCACUAGGGGUAUUUAUAGACUGGAUCUCUCCCUCUCCACAAGAGUGUUCCUGUUCCUUCCACUGUUGUAAACGAAGCUUAUAGGACUGUUGCUGCUCCUUUGCUCCAGCUGUCCACCACAUUAAACCGUUCCAGCUCCAUCCUCCUUUGGGAAGGGCUUGCCAACCAAGAAGCAUGGCAGAGAGAGAGAGAGAGAGUGGGUGGGGAGACGUGACAUGGGUAUGGGGUCUUGUGGGGGAAGUGCCCAUGAACUUUUCGUCAGCGGUUGGUCUGGUGGUACUGUUUACUUGUUCAGCAUUGUGCGUCUGCGUUUCCUUUCAAGGACUGGCCUAACCCAAACAGUAAGAUGUGGUGGAAAGUUUGAAGACGAUCUGUAUUUUCAUGGCUGAAUGUAUUGUGGUCCACUUCUCCUGGUGUGCCGUAAUAACUCCAAGUUGCGACAGUUCUUUAUAGCCAAAGAUCUGUAGUAGGAUGGUUGAGGUGAUGCAGAAUUUAUGUUCAAUUUGUCAAAGUGCAUUAUAAGGCCUCAGGGUUGUGAAGAUGGAAUGCAAACCUUGUAGCGUAGCGUGUGCUGCUUCUUGUCUUGUUGAAAAGGCUCUCAAAAAGCAGUGGCAACGGUGUGGAGGAGGUGGCGUUGUAGGACCUGUAGUCUCCAGGGAACUGUUUUAGCUGCUGCCGCACCUCUUGUCACACAGGCCUAGCCUACAACAGUGAGAGGAAGCAGGCCUUGUAACGGCAGCGGAUGCUUCCUGUGUUCAAACCCUGCCCUGGCUGCUUCAUGUUUGUACCACCACCACCACCGCGUGUCUGGCAUGGCUACGAAGGACCCCUAUACUGUCUGCAGGCCUAGGCAGUCAUCCAGAAAAAGUCAAGCAAGCUACUGCACCCACGAUCCAGAGGUUACCAACGUGACUCAUGAUAGUGGUUUGUGAAGAGUGAGCCGAGAAUAGCUCACAAGAUCUCUUGCUUCAUCACAUGCGAUGCAAACCACUGCUGCAUCUCUGCUGUUUGGUCACAGAGAACUCUGCCUCUAUGCACAGCCUAGCUCAGAAAACUCAUUUUUUCUGACAGUUUCUCUGACCGUUCUCGGAGUUCGGAGAGGUGGGAAAGAUACUCGUCAGUGUGCUUAUCAAGUCCCUGUCACAAAGUGACAUUGAUCACACCCAACUUUUAAAAGGAGGCAAAUAAGAAAUGUCAGGAAGUUGAGAUGUCAAGCUCUGCUUGAGUCAAACACGAACAAUAACAAUGAUGGUGGGCGUAAGAACAAUUAUUAUUAUUAUUUUUAAGUCACAGAAGAACAUCUUUUUAGAUAUAGGCCCAUGACCAAUCCAAUAGACAAAUCCACAUAUCCAAAACUGAAGGAUCAAUGCAUCCGUAGCCUACUCUGCUCCGAUAAUUACAACUCAACUUAGUUUUUUAUAUCAAGGGCGGCGAAUGGGUGGCAUCGAUCACACUCCUUUUCUGACAUUUGAAAGGGCGAAAAGGUCAAAGUGAAAUGGCACGGGGAUGCGGAGAAUGCCAGGGGACGUCCCAUGCUCUUGAUAAUUGCUAGCGACUUAUGAUUGAUUAGCCAUCGACAUGCAGCUCACAUCUGACCAAACACAACAUCCAGGUGACUUUGUCCCGAUCCCAACUAAAGCUGUCAGCAGCCCUGAUUUCCAGAUGAGAACAGCAGAGGAACUCUGAGAUGGCAAGCUGGUCACUAGCUGUGGAAGGAAGCACAACAUGGCACUAAUAUUGCAUCGACUCUUCCAAGAAAGGAGAGAGACACACUGUCACCUCGUACCCUCGCCAUCAGGAGACUGCAGAGGAGUAGAAAGUAAAUUGGAGUCCCCAAGGUUUGUAGGCAGAAGACAGAGUUUGAUAGAAGAUGCGCGGAAAGAGAGGGAGGCAGCGGCUGCCGCAGCUGAGGCUGCCGAAGCGAACGAACAGAUUGUGUUUGAGGAGGACGACGGAAAGGCACUGCUCAAUCUUUUCUUCACUUUAAAACGGUCAAAGAGCCCCACGCUGUCUCGGGCACUGAAGGUUUUUGAGACAUUUGAGUCCAAGAUCCACCACCUAGAGAGUCGUCCUAGCAGGAAGCCUCGAGACGGCUUGGAGGACCUGGAGUACUUCGUCCAGUGCGAGGUCCACCUGUCGGACGUCAGCACCCUGGUCAGCUCCAUCAGGCGCAUCGCAGAGGACGUGCGCACCACCAAAGAAGUCAAAUUCCAUUGGUUUCCAAAGAAGAUUACGGAGCUAGAUCACUGUCAUCAUCUGGUUACCAAAUUCGAUCCCGACCUAGAUCAGGACCAUCCAGGAUUUACUGAUCCAGUCUACAGGGAAAGGAGGAAGAUGAUCGGAGAAAUUGCCUUCAAAUACAAGCAUGGAGAGCGUAUACCACGGGUUGAGUACACAGAGGAGGAGAUCGGUACAUGGCGCGAGGUAUACGGCACCCUGAGGGACCUGUACAGCACCCACGCCUGCAGCGAGCACCUGGAGGCCUUCCGGCUGCUGGAGAAGCACUGCGGCUACUCCCCCGACAACAUCCCCCAGCUGGAGGACGUCUCCUGCUUCCUCAAAGAGCGCACAGGCUUCACGUUGCGGCCGGUGGCCGGGCUGCUAUCGGCGAGGGACUUCCUGGCCAGUCUGGCCUUCCGGGUGUUCCAGUGCACGCAGUACAUCCGCCAUGCGUCCUCACCCAUGCACUCCCCAGAGCCGGACUGUGUUCACGAACUUCUGGGCCAUGUUCCCAUACUGGCUGACAAGACAUUUGCACAGUUCUCCCAGGCAAUUGGUCUGGCCUCUCUCGGAGCCAGUGAGGAAGACAUAGAGAAACUGUCCACGAUGUACUGGUUCACUGUGGAGUUUGGCCUGUGUAAGCAGGCUGGGACAGUGAAGGCCUAUGGAGCAGGACUCCUCUCCUCCUAUGGGGAACUAGUGCACGCCCUGUCUGAUGAGCCUGAGAGGAGGGAGUUUGACCCGGACGUGGUAGCGGUUCAGCCCUACCAAGAUUACAACUACCAGUCUGUCUACUUCGUCUCCGAGAGCUUCAUGGAUGCCAAAGAGAAGCUCAGGCGAUAUGUGGCAGGCAUCAAGCGUCCCUUCUCUGUGCGGUUUGACCCUUACACAUACAGCAUCGAGGUGCUGGACAACCCCCUGAAGAUCCGUGGAGGUCUGGAGUCCCUGAAGGAUGACCUGAAGGUUCUUAGCGAUGCCCUGAACGUGCUGGCAUGAUUGACAACUGGUCAAGCGUCAAAUGCUUUGGUGUGAUGGCAAUGUGUGCCACUGUUAGUCAUUUCCCCAUGUGCUUCUCUGUACAUAGAACCGGUGCACGCUGUUGCUUUGAAGAAAUACGGAUGGCGAGAAAAAAGAAAAUAUGAGCCAGGUGGCAUUAGAGCUUAGAUGCUAAAUGCCACAAUGACCUCCAAAGAGCAUUUAUUGUAACUGAUCACUUUUAUGACUUCAAAUAUCAAGUCAAUAAGACAUGUUCUAUUUUAUUUUGAUAUGUGUGUGUGUGUGACUUAACUAAUACAUGUAUAUGGAAACAAGAACAGCCUUGUCGCUGCUGCAUCAAGUCCUUCAACUGAAGUUAUUAUAUGGGGAAUGGCCCGUAGAGUACAGUAUGUAUAUUUAAUAUUCAAUGGAGAUGUAUAAUGUAUAUUUAAUGAGAUUUCAUAAAAGCAGACUAUGUUUUCUGCCCCAAGUUGGCGAUACUGUAUAACAAUUACAGUCUUAAAGGAGUCCAAAAGUGUGAUGUGGUGGUGAUCAGGUGGGUAACCUGGCAUGACAACUUGCUCUCGUCCUCAGAGCAGGAAACGUUGUGUGAUGUGUUCUAUAUGUCAUGUGUUGGCAUUAUCAAAUGCACCUGUAUUUGCAUAUCUGUUUGCCCUCUUGGGCAGGAUAAGUGCUGCUUCUGUAAAGACAAAAUAAUCUCAGAGUAAUUGAAUUAAAC